UGAAUAUCGUAGUAUGAGGUUCUGUGGUCAGCUGCUGUUAUCUCAGAUUACUUCACCGAAUGUAACCACAACUUAAAAGGGAAUACGUAUAAUGUACACUAUUUUUAGUUAUGUUUGAGGACGAUUAAUUCACGAAUUGUUAGCUGAGUGUGAAUUAUUGUACUUUUUUCAUUUUUUGAAGCUCAUGUCUAUAGAAAAGAAGAAAUAUGAAUGCAGCGCAUUGCCGAAAGGAUGGCAGAGAGAAGAAGUUACUCGAAAAUCUGGUCUUUCUGCAGGAAAAGUAGAUGUGUAUUACUAUAGCCCAAAUGGGAAGAAGUUUCGCAGCAAGCCUCAGCUCGCUCGUUACCUGGGAGAUGCGCUUGAUCUUGCCACAUUUGAUUUCCGUUCAGGCAAAAUCAAUUCAUUACUCCUACGAAAAAACAAGAAGCAAAGAGGAACUCAGUUUGAUUACAGAAGACUGGAAUAUGAUUUCAGUCGUGGUGUAAGAAAUGAUGCAUCACUUGUACCACCAAUUCGUCAGACAGCCUCCAUCUUUAAGCAACCUGUUACUGUUUAUAAGACUCAAGAAGGGAAGGUGAAAACUGAUUUCAAACAUGGUCCUCAGGAGAAGCCAAAACAGCUAUUCUGGGAGAAGAGACUGGAGGGCCUACGAGCAUGUGAUUUAGAUGGAUUAGAAUUUAAUGGAAUGGAAUUGCCCCGAGCACUACGCGCAGUAGGACCACAUGUGGGCGAGGAGACCCUGUUACAGUCUGUGGCUACAGCCCUCCAUGUGUCUACACAGCCUGUGACAGGGCAGACAGGUUCAAGAUCUGCUCUUGAAAAAAAUCCAGGUGUUUUUCUAAAUCCUGACCAACCUCUAGUGCAGGCAGUGUCUGUGGCAGAUGAAGAUAUCAAGAGACAAGAGGAGAGAGUUUCAGUAGCACGGAAGAAACUUCAAGAUGCUUUGAGGAGGAUAGUGGCUUAGUUUAGUGUGUUCAUAUAUCAUGUUUCAUUUAUUCAAUUCAGCUAAGAGAGGCAACUGUAAUAAUGUGUUUUUAGUAUAUUUGUCUCCAGUCUUAAUACAGAGAAUGCCCAAGACUAAUUCUUCUGCAAAAGGGAGAUGUAAACAAUAGUACGUAAGUUACACAUUCCUACUGUACAGAAAAGAACCAUUCCUUAUAGGAAUAAAAUUUAGACCAGCUUCAAUAUCAGUGCAUUUUUAAAAUAACUCCAGGUUUUUCUUCAUGCUUCACACAUUAGCUAAUAUUGUUCUGUUGUCACAAUGUCUUUAAGCUAAACUCUGUAAUGUAAAGUACCCUAUGAGUGUGCCACAGAAAUGAAGCACUCUCAGAUUUAGGGCAAUCUCCUAAAAUUGUACACUUCAAAUUGAAUAAAUUAUUUAAGAGAAGAUCUCAAUUUGAAAUUAUUUGCUAAAUCAGGCCCUGUCCUACAAUAAAAAAAAAAAAAAAGUAAAUACAUACAUUU